GCCCGAACUUGCCUUCUUCGCAUCAUCUUUCUCAUUGACCUCGGAGAGGCGAGCCUCUGUGGGAGGGAUGCGUGGCAAGAUGACUUGGGGUUGGAUUGGCAUGGGUCCAGCGGAUGGUGCUCCUAUUAUUGAGCCUGAGUCUGAAGAAGGGGAGAGGCAGGAGGCUGAGCCAGUGGAUCCACCUGCAUCAGUGGCUGUCCAGCACGCGCCCCGGAUAUUUUUAGACACGUACAACACUCAGCAAGAUUUUUCGUGGGCCAUGUUUGGGUUCAACACGCUGACCAUGUCCUUCUAUGAGGGCGGCAUCAAGACCUUGGACUCCCAGAUGAAGAUUUGCUUCAGCCUGCUUUUGCAGCCUUCAGAAUGUGGCAUUGUGGAGCAAGCCCGGGACUUGCUUGCGAAGCUGCCUGCGCGCCAUGCAAUCCCAAAUCGCUUUGUGGUUUUGUCUGCGAUUGUGCGCGAGCUGCUUGAGCAGUUUACGGACGUCACCGCGCACGGUGGAGAAUCCCUUUGCAAUGUGAUUCUCUUCCCCUACCAGAUGAACGGUGCUGCCAGGGGCUACACGCUGCUCGAACCGGCUCAGUCCGUGGAGUGGGCUGGCUGGGCUUUGCCAAUGGGGCGCGAUGGUGCGCUCAUGCCCUUGGCUUUGUAUGCCCAGGAUGUGUUGAAAAUGGCUGCAUCUUUUCUGGAACUUGCUGGGUUGGGGCAGCCCCGAGCUGCCGUUCGCAGGUUGGAUUCCAUUGCAGGUGUAAGACCUGUCCAGUCAUUGGAGGAGCGGAACAGAUCGAUCCUGGAGGCAAGCUUCUUUCAAGGCGCCUUUGAAGAGAAGCGAGAAGCUCAUGCUGCUUCGGGCACACGGUAUGCCAUCACCACCAACCAGUUCUUGCGCAACGUUGACUUCGCAUUGGUGGAGAAGCUGGAUGUAGGCUUCGGACAGUUUCUGGAUUUCGGAGAAGAACCUGGCCAGUCUGCGCAAUCCUUUUGGGUCAGCGCAGAGGGGUUUUUCUACGUCUUGUCCUUCAAGCCGGUGGCAGUCUCGCAGAAAUCAUUUGUCACGCCAAUCUGGAUGCUGCAGGCAACUUGGGCUGGUUUUUUGAAUAAUGUGUCAGAUGAUGUGGCGCAGGCAGAAUGCUUCAAGGGCGACUUCGACGAUGAGAGUUGGAUCUACCGCGCUGGAUCCCGAGCCGAUGUGAGCAUUCUCUUCAACGGGGUGGGCCCUGAUGAUUUCACACUCGUGUGGGAUGGAAUGACAGAGCGAGCCAUUGUGGCCAAAAAGACGAGCUCUUCAGUUGUGCUGGCAAUGCGCUUGGUGCGGCAGGCAGAUGCCCAAGGUCGGCCAUGGGAUGUCACUUUGGCAAGAUGCAGCCAGGUGCCCGAUUCAUUGAGGCGCAGCAUCUACCAGCCCAACGUGCAAGCCGACAAAUAUUGCAGGCAGACAUACAAGAACACUGGCAACUGGGAGUUGGCCAAGUUCGCGCACCAGACGCGCCAAGUUUUUGAAGCCGUCCCGCAGAACGCGCCCAAGAGGAAGGGUGGUGGCAAAUUCAGUGGUGGUGGGCGUGAUGAUCCUUGGGCCGAGGAAGUUUCAGCCGUCUGGGUCAUCGCAGGGAGCCUGGUGGCAGUGAGGUGGCAGAGUGUGCUUGCCUGUGGCACGAAUGCUGGUGCCAUUUUGAUUCCUAGGCGUGCUUGUGUGACUGACUUCUGUCCUGGAGGCAUGGGUGGAGUGCUCCUGGGCUGGCGUCUCUUUUCUGUGCUUCGACUGCAGCUGCCAGGCUUAGGUGUUGCUCCAGCUCCGUCCGCUACCAGCAGAGUGGUCAGGUUCUUGCUGACCAAGCUGUCCAAGCCGUCCAAGCCGUUUCAGCUCCAAGCGAUUGCAGAGGCCUGCUCAGAGUGGACAGGGAGGUUCACAGCGACCUUGGGAGUUGCCUUCGAAUUCAAGGCAGCCUUGGAGGUGGGAGACUUGGAGGCGACAGUUGGGUUGGCCGACGAGUCAGAGGCUCACCAUGUGGCAAGACAUUCUCAGCCGAGUGCCAAGCGUCGUUGUGCGCGCUGCAGGUUCGUGCGCUUCAAGCAGAAGUGGCAGAAACUUGGGAGUUUGUCGCAUGCUGCGUGGGGCAAGCCUUGCCGCACAGUUUGGCUUUCUGAAAGACCAGCUCGGCGGGGCGGAGCGUGGGCGAUUGGCUGCACAUUUUGCGCUCAUUUGGUGGAUCAUUUGGCGAAAUUCCCAGAGGAGAGAAAGCGAUUGUAUUUGGGCCAUGCAAGAGACUGGUUACGGGCUUGGAGUGCGUGCUUGAGCCCGAUCGCAUUCACCAAUGCUGAGAAGCAUUAUGAGACAGAGGACUUUGCGUCCGGGCGGCGUUGCAGUGUUUCACGGCGAGGCUUGGGCCAGAUGAUUCAGGUCAUGCACUGGGUGGUCCGGUCGCAGAGAAAGAAAUUAUUGCUGAACGCUCAGAGCGUGUCAGUUUCUGUGGAUGACCGGGCCGACUUUCGCUUGGUUCGCUACAGGUGUAGCUAUCGGUCCUGGGAAGAUUUCACAAUGGCAACAGCAGCCACAGCUGUUCCAGCCGUCCCAGCAUUGUCUAAGUCUUCAACAUUGGAGGAAUGGUGUUCGAUGCAGCCACUCAUUGCAGAAGGUGUUCUUGGCGUUAUCCGCUUGGGGCGGAAUGUGCCAGACAACACUGUGGCACAGCAUGACAUGGACAAGAGUGAGAAGAUGGCAGACAGUGUGAUGGCAGCUUUGCGUGAUGUAUGUGCUGACGUCGAUGGGAAUGUGGAUGAGGAGAUGCUUCAGAGGCUUUGUUCCCGGCUCCAGCAUUAUGCGUCUGACCAAGGUACUUCUGCUGCGAAGUGUGGCCAGGUUCUAACCCAGCGGCCCGAGCUGCCCAAUUUGGUUUGGCUGAGUGCGGACAUGGCCCACCAAGUUCGCAUUGCAAGCAAGGACCCAUUGUCAGCGCAGGAAGGGUUCAAGCAACAGUGGGAUAGACUUUUUGCUACCAAGCAUGCAUUGGUGCCUGACAUCCAAAACUCAGAAGUCUGGCGAUCUCGCUUGAUAGCUGCGCAAAAGCAAGUGCUGAAAUCCUGCCAGACUCAAGGCGCCGAUGUGGACAAGGUGAUGCAGACCUUUUCCUUUGCCAAGCAGCGCUUCGAUUCAACUGCAACUCCAAUGCUCAAGUACUGCUGCAUGAUCCGUGCAGUCGCUUUGGUGUGUGCGUUGCAAGCUGGUGACGAACGUGGCUCCCGAGAAGUGCGCUUCAGAGCCCAAACAGCUUUGGAAGAGAUGACUCCUGCAAACUUGUUUCGCUGUGGCAUCACAUGUGACUAUGCGAUGGAAUGCUUAGCCUUCUUGCGGGAGUGCUUUGACGUGGAUGAUCCUGAUCCUGCAACCACCCCAUCUGCUGUUCAAGCCUUUUGUUCCCGCAUGAAGAUGUUGUUUUGUCAGGGCUACAUCCUGGGGCAAACUUCUCCCAGACCAGCCGUCCCAGCAGACCAAGCAGACCUAGCAGCCGCUGUUGACCCUUCCCCUGCCAAGACUGUUUCCCAGAUCGUGUUUGAGCAGGUGGAUUUUCCUGAGCCGAUCUAUUUUGGAAAAAAGGUGCAUUACCUUUGCACCAGGGCGGGCGUGCAAGACAUUCGGGCAAUCAUGUCUGAGAUGGGAAAUGUUGUGACCGACAUGCUGGACAGAGUUCAGGUUGACCUAACUGGGGAUAUGAUUGCAAUGUGCCUGGAGGUUUUCAAUGUGCGGCUGUGGGCUGAUAAGCCAAAAGCCAGUGCAUUCCAGGUGCGGCUCCAGGCGCUUGCCAAGGUUUUGCACCUCAAUCCAGGCGUGUGUGGAGACUUUGCAGCUGUGGCCAGACUCUUGCGCAAAGUUGUUCAAGCCGCUUCUGCCAACAAGCUGCAAACCUCAAACAGGCAGGUUUGGAGCUGGUUCUUGUGCUCUGAAUGGAGGCUGCGGUUCAUGCCGCCAUCCUGCCACAUCAAGUUCAUGGUUGACAUGGAGAAGCUCAUUGGCUUCUACCUUGCUUUGAAGGUAAACACCACCACCCUUGAAAGAAACCUUGGCCAGCUGUGCCACCAGCUGCAUUCCCAUUCUGGCCCAUGUGGAGAUGAUGGGCGCUUGCUGUCAGCUGUGCUGCUUGUGGCUUUGGAUGGGCCCAAGGCUCCAGAGCAGCUUUUCCACGUCCAGAAGUCGACUGAGAGUGGCGAUGUUCAGGCAAACCCCACUGACUUCAGCGUUGCUUGUGCGAAACUCUGGCUGGCCACCUAUGGCCGACGCUUUCGGUACAAGUAUGAGAAAGUUGUGGGGUCAUGUAGACAGACCAAGCCUGGCAAUCGCAAGCGCAAGGCUGCCUGCAAGAGAGGCACAUUUGAGUGGGUGAAGAAGCAACGAAAGCUUGCCACAAGCUCUCUUUGCAAAGCAGCUCAAGAUUCCGAUGGCAAGCCAUUGUCUGUCAACUCAUAUGUUCCAGAUAUUCAACUUCCACUGCCGAGUGUGGAUGGUAAAGCUUUGGCUUCAGCCCAGGCAAUGUCCGGGACUCGGUGGCAAAGCUCAGCUACCGGAGGGCAUGGCCUGAAUAGCUCCAAGAAGGACCCUGCCCAACUAUUCAGGGAGCACACAGAGCGAAAGCGAGCUAGACACAAAGCUACAGCUGCGCGACGACGAGCAGGUGAGCAGCCAUACAUUCCCACUGAGCCUAGGACUGGUGGCCUUGCUCCUCCUGCCGAGAAGCUCCUGCCAACUCAUUUGCAGUCAGGGGGUACUGUGCGGCUUUCGCCCAUCUACCGGAUCCUUUGCAAAGAUACUCCGAUCUUUUCCUGCCCGAGCGGAUGCUCAUUUGCUUCCACUUUGGCCCCUGUGGAGGCGGACCUUCUUGUUGUUGAGGAGCUCAGCGAUAUGGACUUGAAAGUGGAGCAGGCUCUCGGCCUUGCUGCUCAAGCCGUCCAAGCCGUCCAAGCCGUCCAAGCCAUCCCAGUGCCGCAUGUGGUCUUAGAGUUGGCACUGACUGCAGCAAACACUUUGCCAACUCACAGGUUUUUGGAAGAUGUUCAUUGCCCCAGCAAUGUGCUCCCACAUGUGGAUCUUUAUGUCAGCGGCUUCUCCUGCAAACCGUUCAGCAUGCUCCAUUGGGGCACAGCGUUGCUUGACGAAGAGGAGGCCAAAGUUUUCUACUCUGUUUUGCAGCGGAUUCAGGCACUGCGACCUGCUGCGUUCGUGCUGGAGAAUGUACAAGGGAUCUCCCGAUGCAUGUCCGCUGUGUUGUCUUUGCUGGAGGGUGCAGGAUACAAGGUCGUGGUUGAGAACUUCAACCCCAUUGACUUGGGUGAGCCGCUGAACCGGCCCCGUUUCUAUUUCUUGGGGAUCCGAGCUGACCUUGCUAGGGCCACACAGGCAGAAGCCCAAAGCUUUUGCAAACAAGUGUGGUCCAAGCUGUCCCAGCAGAGGCUGCAACGAAACAAAGCUCUUCAUGGCACGCCUGUUGUUCCAUUGUGGGAGAGGCUCCUGUCGGAUGACAGUGAGCUGGUGAUCGCUCAUCGAGAACGUUGCUUGCAAAGAUGGAAUGAAGCCAAGCAGGCUGGAUUUCCGGAAAGCCGGGGCAAGUGCAAGUGGAAGCAGACUCACCGUGAAUGGGAAGAAGGUCGCGAGCUCAAGCUUGCUGAGGGGAAUCUUCAGUUGGCAGAGCUUACCCCCGACAAAUUGCAUUUGCACCUGCCCCGCGAAAGAGAUGCAUGGUGGAAAUUGAUCCACACUUUUGGUGAGCCUGUGCAAGUUAUAGCUGACAUCUCCCAAAGCUUAGGCAGAAUGCCAUGCCGCACCGAUGGUGUGCUGCCAACAAUCACCCCUGGCUCACACAUAGUCGUUGGUGCGUUUGGGCGAACUUUGAUUUCGCAUGAGAAGCUCCUCUUGCAUGGCUUGCCUCUGCACCGAAUGGUCCUCCCCAAGGAGAUCUCUGACUCCGAGUUGGAGUCCAUGGGUGGCAACAUGAUGCACCUCCAGACUGUGGCUGUGGCCAUGGUGGUUGCUUUGAGCCUGGUGGAUUGGUCGCAGCCGCAUGCACAUUCCUUUGUGCCUGCUCCAGUCUUCCCAGCCGUCCCAGCCGUCCCAGCCAUCCCAGCCAUCCCAGCCGUCCCAGCUUCAGCUGCCACAAAGCCUAGAGGCUCGCUUUGGCAUAGGGGCGAGAACGGCGCCAAGUGCAAAAGUGAGAAGAGCAACGAAACGCGUGGCAAAGACCAAGCGGUGUCCAAAGGCUGUGGAAUGCUUGCGUGGAACACGCUGGGCAUCCAAGCUGCUGCCCUCCUGGUGUGCUUUGCAAGAGGCUUGUGCGUGGCCAGACGGGGCGACAUCUCAACUGCAUCCCGUGGCUUGUGGAAUCUUGAGAAGAUUGUGUGGUUUCGCCCAGCAGUUCGUGUGAAGAGCUUGCGUAUCCAUUUGCUUGGCAGCGUUGCAAGGUGUCCUGCGCUGACGUCAGCUUUUAAGUCUUGCAUCCGCAGCAGCGAAAAGCGUUGGUCAUUGACAAUUGGUGAAGGGAAUAGUGUGUUUGUGGCAAGUUUGGCCGAUCGAGCAAAAGCUGAUACAGUGUUGGAAUUUGAAUCUCAGCAGCUCCAGCGUCCCAGCGAAGAAAAGGAGGAGUGCUUGCUGAUGCCUCCAGUGCCAGAGUCUGCCAGCAAAGCAGUCAAGAUUUGGUUGCAGAGUGUGGAGAGUGGUUGUGAGCUGAAGCACAUGAACCGAGUUGACCGUAUUGCUCACCAGGACCCAUCCAAUGUGGUUCUGCGCAUUCUCAACGCACCGAACCCUUUCCUAACUAUGGAUGGCCAAAAGCUUACCUUCAGAGAGGACAAGCUGACUGCCAAUCUAUCCCAGCUGCAAAGUAAAGCUGCCUUCCAGCGGCUGGAUCCUUGUGAACAGCUGGGGAUCUUGAUCUUGGCUGUCUACAUGUUUGCGAAGUUUUGGCCGCAGCAUUCCAAGACAAAGUCCUUUUCCCUGCUUGAAGGCUUGCUGGCCUACUUUCGAUCCACUAAUGGGCCAGGCCAGAGGAAGGCUUACCUUCCAUCCCGCCUGGUCAAGCAGAAGAAGAAGAAGAUGCCUGUCAAGCAGAAUUCCAAGAAGAAGGGUGGGAAGACGAAGGCCUGCCGCGUCAGACCGAAUAGGGAUGUGGCGCGUCUCCGUCUAGAGGAUGUGCUGUCAUUGGCCAGCCAGUUCCUCGAUGGGUCCCUGACUUGUCUCUUCAUUUGGCCUAAGGGGGUCAGCCAUUCCAGCCGUGCCAGCCAAGCUCAGUGGAAGGUGGAUGUGGACUUGCUUCCGAAUAUCAAGUGCGGUGGGAACAAGCUGAUGCUACCACACUUUGCAGAAAGUUUGCGUGAGCUCGGGCGAUUGGGCGGGGGUUUGGAUGAUGAUGGAGAAGUCGACAGCCAGCCUUGGAAUGGUCCAUUUAGCAAGACUUUUGGCAAGUGGGCUGGCAUGACCCCUGACGAAGUUCGAGAACAGGUGUUUCAAGAGUUGGAGCCGUUUCGUCGCUUCAAGGGCGUUGAAGACCUGUUUGAAAAGGUAUCCAACGGCUCUAGCGGCGAGAAUAGCAGCCCCAGCUGUCCCAGCAAAGGCAGUAAAACUACAAACAGUCUGAGCCUCAAAGCUGUCAGUCGUGACAGGCAGCAGUUGCCCCAGCUGUCCCAGCAAUCCCUUCGACGCUUGGCCACCAUGGCCUGGACGACUGUUGGCUACCAUGCGAUGGAGCAGAAGUUUUUUGAUGAGCUGAUUUCCAAAGACGCAGAUGCUUGCAUUUUGCCUUCCUUAUCCUUUGCAAGCUGGUACCGCACACCUCUGUGCGCCAUCUCCCAGACACGAAAAGAGAUUGUCCGCAAGCUUGGUGUUACUUUGUCUGAGACAUUAGAAGUGCACCCGAAGGCAAAAGCACAGGCACUCAAGCGCAGCCCAGGCAAGAGCCGUGUUGAUGCGGCAUUGGAGUGCCCCAACUAUGUGGUGUGGCGGCUGCGAACCCAAGAGAAUGUCGCAGAGUUGGUUUCCAAGGGCAUUUUGCAAGGCUGCCAGAACAGGUUCCAGUUGAAGGAGCCGCUGGAGCCUCUCCGUCCUUUCACGCAAGUUGGCAAGUGGUUUGUUGAGUAUGCGCCUGCGGCCAUCCAGCCCACAUUGUCUGGCGGGGCCGCUCGUGCCUUUGGCAGCACAAAAAUGGAGAACUUUGCCUGCUCAUACUUUCUUGCCUUGCCUGUGGCGGCUGAGCAUGUCCCCUUGCAAGAGCUGUUGACUGUGACGCGAUCAGCGCCAGUGCUGAAGCUGUUGCUUCAGAAUGAAACCAAUGAGGAUAUGAAGGUGCUUCUUGAAAAUUGCAUUGCCGGCAGAGGUGAUUACAUUGGGUUGCCAUUGGUGGCAAGCCCCAUCACUGCCAUGAUCCUGGGCUUCUUUGCUUACAAGCCGUCCUCUGAGCAGUUCCAGCAGUCCCAGCAGUCGGCGCCUCUGCACCUGCUGAAGUUCUGCGCGCAGUCCUUGGUGGAUCAUCACCUGCCAUUCUUUCAUCCUCUUUGCCCAUUCUGGCUCUACAAGCCUGCUGGCUUGAUUCAACUCAUCCAGAAGAAUGAGAUGAUGUUGGCCAUCGAAGACUUCAGAAUGAAAGUCAGCCAGACUGCAGAGUACCAGUCACAAACAGAUCUUCUGCAUCGAAACCAGAGGGCGAGGCUUCAAAACCGCAAGCGCCAUUUGGAAGAGGCGGUGGACACCUUGAAGGCAGAGAUUAUGGACCAUGAGGCUGAGAUUGGCAAGAUUAAUGCUGAGAUGAAGCCUGCCGAAGGACCUGCUGAGGUCCGUGAGAACUUGCCAAAGAAGUUCACUGCAGCGAAGGCAAUGCACAAGACGCCCCCACUGGAGAUAUCUGCGGAGGUGAAGGACAAAGACGCCUCGACUUACAAGGCACCUUGGGCAACGGAGCAGUGCGCGGCUUCCAUGAAGGUCAAUGGCAUGUAUGAGGUCAGUGGCCUCGCACUGUGGCUGCGAACUGGGGUUUGGUCGAUGGGCAAGGAUCGAGACGUUGAUCCCGGUGAUGUCUCCUUUGCAGCACUUGAGAAGUUCGCCAACAGCUACUUCAACAAGUAUGUGUCGCUCAAGACCUAUGUGAGCAGGGACGGCGGCAAGCGGCAAAAGCCGAGAGACAGACUGCUGUGGCCUGUCAUCAUGGUAUGUGCUUGCGAUGCUGUCUCGGAUGUGGACAAGAAGUUUUUCGAACACAGUCUCAAUGUUUUGUCGUGCCACUUUGUCCUGUGGUCCUGGUACUAUGCAUUGUCAAAAGCCCUGUGUGCCAGCGACAAGGAUUGGCUUGCUAUGCUGUGGGAGGCCGGCCUGACUGUAACAAUCCAAGUGCGGCUUUGCCCAGACUUAGCAGACUUUGUGAAAGCGCGCAACCAUGCCUCGGAGGGCCUCAAGUCCAUUGGUGACCUGUCCUUGUCGGACACAUUUUUGGUUUUCGCCGAUGUGGUAAAGAAGCUGGGCAUUGAAAAGGAACAGGAUGGGAUCUCGCAUGGACUACGGUUCAACAAUGCUGUGUACAACUCAUCAAUGCACAGGGCGGCCAUGGGGGUCAUCUUCUUGCUUGAAGGAGAUUUAUUUUUGAAGUCCAUGGGUCGUCUUGAGAUGGCCUGGGGGCGCGAGUUGCUGUCAAACGCGUACUCAAAGUUGAACCGCUUGGUGUCGCUGUCCAAGGCCGCUGCCACAACUGAAAGGACUGCGCAGCAAGUUGCUAGCUGGUUGGUGGAGAUGCUGCACUUGGCUUUGGUGAAGAACAUCAUUCAGAGCAAGCAGGCCACGGAUGUUUGGCUUUUCGGAGACCGCAAGCAUUCUACUACUGGCUACUGGCAAGCUUGCCUCGUCAUUCUGGAGGUCUUUGAUUUCCUGGCGCCACUGACGUCGAAGCUGCCAGAGCAAGAGUGCCAGAAGUGCGUCAAGGCUUUGGAGAGCAUCAGAGAUCCCACAACCUGCUUGGCAGAGUUCCUUCUCACAGAGUCUGAAGAGAGCGGCAUUGUGAGAGAAGAUGAAGAAGAUGCUGCAGCUGCAGCCCCAGUGGAGGCUGGCAAGUUGAACAAAUUGAAGGCAGAGUUCAACAAGGCAACUGGUUCCUUGCUGGAAUUGCUUGUUGACUUGAUGCGAGGGGAAUACAUUGAGGACUGCAAGAAGAUCGCAGCUGAGAACAUGAAGCUUCCUCAAGCCGUUACUGAAGCUGCAUCCAGCAUGCAUACUGAUGAGAAGUCUGGCCAGCAGAGCGUGAAGUUGCUCACAAGCCUCUACUUGGUGGUGCAAGCUUUCGACACCGGAAGCAAAAGCGUUUCACUGGCGUCGGCAUUGCCAUCGCAGAGCCUGAUCCAGACUCUCAACCCAACUACCUCGUCUGAGCAGGAUGCGGCUGCUCGAGAAAUGACUUGGAAGCAGGUCCAAGCCGAGCGAAGGAAGUUCGUGACAUUCUCCGUUGUCCCGAAGUAUACAAAGGACUCCCUGAAUGCAGCCUUUCGCAACAGCGGCAAGGUUUGGGCACACAAGGGGUCUUUGAAUGCCAGCCAUAGGCUGAUCAUUGGCAGCGCUGACAUGAUGACGGAGGAGUCUGAUCAGCCUUGGCUAUCCCAGUCGCCGCCUGCCCAUGAAGCUUGGAAGGCUGUUGCAGAGUUCUGUGUGGCCCUCACUGGCAGCACCGAUUUCACAUUGCUUUUCGAUGGCCGGAUGCGGGAGAUCAGAAGGAUCAAUGAAGAUGUUGUCCUGGCCCACUCGCACACAGAAGAACUUUGCUUGAUCUACAGUGGGGGGUGCGUUCCUCGAGCAGGCCGGGUCAGGCGAGUGCCUUUGGGGGCCAAGAAGGUUGAGACAGCAGUGCUCCGCUUUCCUGCCCAACGCACCAAGAUCAAGACGACAAAGAAGGAAAACUUCACAUCUUGCGGAGAAGCAACGACGUUCCAGGGCACAUUCUCUGGGGUCACAUUCCGCCCUGUGAGUGAACUGUCACUGAUUGCAGCAGAUGAGAAGAAGAAAAUCUUCCCAGCUGCCCCAGCCGUCCCAGCACCAGAGCCAUGGAAAGAGUGCCACGGCGAAGAUGUGCCUUUGUUUUGGCAAGAGGCCAAGCCGAUUGAGUUCUACUUGGCUUUGCUGGACGAGUUUAAGGGACAAGCCGUUCUGGACCUGACUGCCGGGUCCGGUGCCCUGAUGGAGGCUUGUUUGACCCGUGGGAUUCAGUAUCACGGAGUAUGCCUGAACCGUGAGCACAUGUCUUGGUUGCAGGCGGUUGCGGAUCGCGCUGCGUGUGGGCUGAUCUCCAUUGAAGGUUCCACACUCUAUGCUGAGGAGCUGGCUAAGAGUGUGAAGCAGCACUUCGCUGAUGUUCUUCAAAAGUUGGUUCCAGCUGAUGACGAGGCAGAGGAGCUGAUGGAGCCGGAGACCGAUGAUGACGCAGCCUAA